GUACAGACGCCCUCCAUGCAUGUCGCACUGAACGGGAUGACAUUGCCCGUUCCUGUCGGAACACAGGCGUUGGUUGGUGGUGAGCGAAUCGCGAUGCCGCCGCAACCAGCCAGCCUGACUCGGCAUUUGCCACCGCCGGAUGUCGUCAAUGCUCAGAAGGAGCAGAACUACAAGGAAGUCGAUGAGCAGCUGCAGCAAGCGCAGAUUUUGCUGGAGGAGCAGACCAAGAGGGAGAAGGAGUUUCUGAGGGCACAAGCUGCGCAGGCCAAAGAGGUCUUGGCGGGACGAUGGGAUCAGCAUUUGCGCGCCCAGGAGAUUGCUGCAGAGCAGGACUUCCAGAAGUCCCUCGCACAGCUUCACGAGUCAGCGCGCCUCAUGCGGCUCAAGCUGGAAGAGCAGGCAUCCCAGCUCAUCAUCGAGUAUCAAACGAGACGAACGCAGGAGGAGAUAAACCGUCAUAAGCACGAGGUGGAACUGCAUCACUGGGAGGUGCCUUUUCCGCCGCUAGCAUUGGACUAA